UUACCGCAAAGUGAAUCAAAAUGCCACUGUUCGGGCGCAAGAAGAGCAGGUCCUCGUCGUCGUCGUCCUCGUCCUCUUCGGGCACAUUGGACUUCUCCGAAGUUAAGUUGGGCAAGGCCGUUGGUUCCGGGCGCUCGGGAAGCACCUUCAGCGCACACUGGAACGGGCGGCACGUCGCGGCCAAGGUCGUGGACCUGUCGACCGCCAGCAAAAAGAGUCUGGCCGAUGAGCUGCUCAAAGAACUCCGUCGCGAGGAAGAAGUGGCCAGUGCGCUUCGGCAUCCCAACAUUGUGCAGUUCCUAGGCUCAGCCAGCGCACCGCCACGCUAUUGCCUCGUGUUCGAGUUCAUGGAGGGCGGCACACUGUCGGCCCUGGUCCGAGCCAAGGCUAAGGCUCCUCUGGACUUCUUCCGUCUGGCCAACGACAUGGCCCAAGGUAUGAGUUACCUACACGAACACUCGGUCAUGCACCGAGACCUUAAGAGCAGCAAUGUGCUGCUGGACGCUCAGGGCACGGCCAAAAUAUCGGACUUUGGUCUCAGUUGUGUCAUGGAGGUGGGCCGGUCGGCCGACCGGACGGCCGAGACGGGCACGUAUGGGUGGAUGGCCCCCGAGGUUAUCCGGCAUGAGCCUUACUCCAGCAAGGCCGACGUGUACAGCUUCGCUGUUGUCUUGUGGGAGCUGCUGGCCAAGGAUAUUCCAUUCAAGGGACAGACACCAAUGCAGACUGCGAUGGCGGUGGCCGAGCAUCAGAUGCGGCCGGCGUUGCCACAUACCACGCCGCCCAAGAUCGCCGAGCUAAUUGAGCACUGCUGGAAUCAGGACCCAACACGACGGCCAGACUUUAGUGCCAUUGUCAAGGUGCUGCCCUUUGUCAAGCAAACACUGAGCAAGACCGACUUCAAGAACGCAGGCAUUUUGUAUACAGUUUAGAAAACGCAGCUUGUUCCUAGUUUUUUUUGUAGGGUAUCCUGUCUUCGGUUUGUAAAAAUCGGUUUGUAAAAAUUCUCAGGACUGGAAAUAUAUUGAAGUUUUGUAAAAAGAAA